UGCGAAUCGACCCUUGACAAGAUGCGAGUUCGGGCAGUGCAAACAGAAAAAGCACAAGGAAGAUGAGGGAAACCGACUUUGACAAGAAAUCGCAGGAUUUUCUGGUGUGGUUCAAGAACCUGCCCGGCGCGACGUUCCAUGACCAUAUCAGCAUCGUAGACCUGCGCGCACGCAAUGCCGGCCGUGGAAUUGUCACUACCGCCGACAUCGAACCGGACACGGUCCUGUUCACCAUCCCGCGCCAGCACAUCAUCUACCCGGCAAACUCGGAGCUCGCUCGGAAGCUCCCGGCCGUCUUCGCCGGCGUCGGCGGCUCCGGCCCCACGCCCGACGUCGACGACGACGAUGGCCGGGCCCAGGAUUCGUGGACGAGCCUCAUCCUCGUCAUGAUCCACGAGCACCUGCGAGGCUCCGCCUCGCCCUGGCGCCCCUACCUGGACGUGCUGCCGGCCCGCUUCGAGACACCCAUGUUCUGGUCCGCCGCCGAGCUGGCCGAGCUGCAGGCCAGCCCCGUCGUCGCCAGCGUCGGCCGCGCCGAGGGCGACGCCAUGAUCCGCUCCCGCAUCCUGCCCGUCAUCCGCGAGAACGAGGCGCUGUUCUUUGGCGCCGGCGGCGCUGCCAUGGGCGACGAGGAGCUCGUGGAGCUCGCCCACCGCAUGGGCAGCACCAUCAUGGCGUACGCCUUUGAUCUGGAGCGGGACGACGACGCCAUGGACGAGGAUGACGCCGAAGGUGAUGGGUGGGUUGAGGACAGGGAUGGCAGGACUGUCAUGGGUAUGGUGCCCAUGGCGGACAUUCUUAACGCCGAUGCAGAGUUUAAUGCCCAUAUCAACCAUUCCGAAGAGGCUCUAGUCGCCAUAUCUCUGAGAAAAAUCCCGGCGGGCGAGGAGAUUCUCAACUAUUACGGCCCUCUGCCCAAUGGCCAGCUCUGCCGGCGCUACGGCUACACCACGUCCAAGCACAGCAGGUACGACGUGGCCGAGGUGGCGUGGGAGCCCAUCCUGGACGGCGUGCUGUCGCGCGUCAAGAUGACGCGCGACGAGUGGAGGAAGCUCGAGGCCCACCCCAAGGCGGGAGAGGCCGGCUCGGACGACGACGGCGACAACAGCGAAGGCGACGGGGACACCUACGUGCUCGAGAGGGACUGUGAAGACCCGGACGAGCUCGGGCAGCUCCAGGGCAGCCCCAGGUUCGCGCAGCUGCCGGACGAGCUGACGGAGCGGCUCAAGGCGGUGCUCAAGGCCGCCAAGAAGGCGCGCCCCGAGGCCGUGCCCGACAAGAAGGCCAGGGACGACCUAAUGCUCGGCGCGGUCCGGGACGCCAUCGACGCCAAGCUGAGGGAGUACGGCACCAGCCUAGAAGAGGACGCGGCGACGCUGGCCGGCCUCGGCGGGGGCGCAUCCGCGCGGGUCAGGAUGGCCCUCGAGGUCCGCAUCGGCGAGAAGAGGCUGCUGCGGGAGGCGAGGGCUUGGUUGGACAGGAAGCUAGGUGGCGACGGGCAGGGCGAGAGGAUGGAGCUGGAUGCGCCUUCGGCGAAGAGGCAGCGGCGGGCCUGAUGGGGCCAAGGCCAGGACAAGGAAUGCGCGGCGCUGCAGGGGAUACGGGCUGUAGAAGGCCAAGGAUUAAAAAAAAGGACUAAGCUGUCUGCCAAUGAGUGUGCGGAAAAAAGAAAAAAAAAGGGUCAUGCCAUGAUCGACCUCUGCCAUCCUCCUGAUUCUCAACUUCAUCCCCGAGCUGUACACCCGUUUACAUUAUCUCACCAUUACAAUCUGUCCUGCACCGACUCUUCGUUCCGCCUUCACAAAUCCCAACCAACCAAUAUCACCAUAUCAUAUUUUCCACUCCCCCCAAAUCACGCCGACGCCGCCUCGGUGGCCAGGCCGACGACGACGCAGCCCGCCCGAACAGAUGUGGGAGGCAGCACCGCGGGCGUGAGGGCCAGGUACCACGCGCCAGCGCCGUCCCUGCAGCCGCGCAGGACCGUGUACGUCGCGUCCACGCGGCCGGCGCCGCCCAAGUUGGCGGGCACGAGGACCCCGGCGGGCGCGGCGAACCGGGGCGACAGGCACGUGCGGGCGGCCACGCAGGCGUCGCGGGCCGUGCGCGCGACGCACCUGACCGGGAACCCGAACUCGGGCGCGUCGUUCUCGAGGCCGAGGAUGCACGGCAUCGCGUCGCCGCCGCCGGAGGUCAGGAGCAGCAG